AGUUGAAAAACGAGUAGCAGUGUCCUUAUCGUCAGCGGCGCUGAAACCUGCGUUAAUCGACUUUUCUCUAUCCCCCACCCCUGGCUCUCUCAUUUUCUCUCUCUCUCUCUCUUCCGCUCUCCCUCACUCUCUUGUUCUCUCUCUCCCUCACUCUUACUGGCUCUCUCAUUUUCUCUUCGACUUCUUCAACUACGCUACAUUCUAAAAAGAUAAAAGGAUUUGAAAUUGUUGGGGAGAAGGCUUCUCUACACUCUAUCCAUUUGUUCUUCAGCUGCAAAUUGUUUAUCCUACCAUUACAUUCUUCAUCGAGAUCAGCCUAUUUUUAAGUUUGUUGUCUUUUAAGGAAUAAAAAAUAUCUCAUUCCCAAAGAAGACAGAAGACAGAAAUAUUACUUUCAAGAUCAUUAAACUUUCAAAGUAUAUAUAACUUUAUUUAUAUUCAUAUGGCUACAUCUCGAGCCACCGCAACCAUUUCUGGUAGUACAGAAAAACACGACAACAGCAAUAAGAAGUAUACGGUCUAUACAAUUACUGUUAAUUUUGGAAACAAACGAUGGGCAAUCUACAGACGAUAUAAUGAAUUCCAAACAAUCUAUGAAAAGCUAAAGAAAUUGAAAACGGACGUUAGUCUUAAACUACCCGGUAGAAAGUUCAUCGGGAAUCAUGACGAAAAAGUUCUCAAGGCCAGACGAGAAGGUCUAAAUGAACUCUUACAGAAGAUAAUGAGUCAUCCAUUACUUUCGCAACGCCAAGAAGUAAAGGAUUUCCUAAACAUCACUGAGAACGAAUCGGAUGAAAGUAGUUUUGAGGAGAAGAGUAACGGUUCGGUCGAUCUUGGACCUUCUGAAAAGAGAUCGGUCAAGCCCAGUGACUUUGAAUUUUUAAGAGUAAUUGGUAAAGGAAGUUUUGGAAAAGUUAUGAUGGCAAAACAUAAGCAAGAAGAUAGAAUUUAUGCUGUUAAAGUAUUACAAAAGCAACACAUUAUCAAAAGGAAUGAAGUCAAGCAUAUUAUGUCUGAACGAAAUGUUCUCGUUAAGAACGUUAGACAUCCGUUUCUUGUUGGUUUACACUACUCUUUCCAAAGUAUAGAUAAACUUUAUUUUGUACUCGAUUAUGUUAACGGUGGAGAGCUCUUCUAUCAUCUUCAGCGAGAGAGAAGAUUCCCUGAAUCAAGAGCUAAAUUCUACGCGGCCGAAAUAGCCAGCGCGUUGGGCUAUCUGCAUUCAUUGAACAUAAUUUAUCGUGACUUGAAACCUGAAAAUCUACUAUUGGAUUCAGAGGGUCACGUUGUCCUUACGGAUUUCGGAUUAUGCAAAGAAGAUAUUGAAAAAGCUGGUACUACGUCAACAUUUUGCGGAACACCAGAAUAUUUGGCACCGGAGGUUCUUAAGAAAAAACCAUAUGAUAGAAUGGUUGAUUGGUGGUGUCUCGGUGGAGUUCUAUACGAAAUGCUAUUUGGCUUGCCACCCUUUUAUAGUACAAAUGUUGAUGAAAUGUAUCGUAAUAUAUUACAAAAGCCUCUUCGAUUCCCUAAUAGUGCUAGCAAAGAUUCAAUAAAUAUUUUAACAGGGAUGCUUCAAAAGGAUAAGUCAAAGCGUUUAGGUCACGAAAAUGAUUUUUUGGAUAUAAGAAAGCAUGCAUUCUUUGCCCCAAUAAAUUGGGAAAAGUUGGAUCAAAGAGCUAUAACACCGCCCUAUAAUCCCAAUGUUGGAGGAGACUUAGACCUUAGACAUAUUUCAGGGGAGUUUACGUCUGAGCCUAUCACCUCUUCCGUAAAAACAGGUGGAAAUCCGGGAAUGACUGAUGGAGCAGGGGGUCAGACUGAUCAGAACGCUUUUUCAGGUUUUACUUACGACCCUCGUAAUGAAAUUCCUCAAUGA